GAAACAGAAGUUGCGUUUGGAGCGGUGGAAUUUUACCUGACGAGAAGAUUGACGACUCGACUUUGUUGACGUACCAUUAUUUUGAAAAAAAAAAAAAAACGGAAGUCGUUGCCUUUUCGCGCAUGCGCAAAGAAAUCGCGCAGCGGCAAAGACUUAGGAGCGGACCAAGAUGGCGGACUGAGAGGCUGUGGUUUUCCGGUUGAGUUGGGAGCAAUGCCGUGAAGAUUGAAGACUUGAGAGCACAUGGACGACUACUGCUAUGCUAAGAUGGCGACGUCAUGUAAAAGAGAACAUGAAAGAGAAUCAACUUCCAGCAAAUCACCAACGGAGAAAAAGAUAAAAACCAAGGAUGAAGACAUCCAGCAGCUGAUUAGUUAUCCAGAGGUACUUCCCACUGAGUCCUGGGUAGGGCGCUGGACUCUGAUGCAGGAGGAUGCAGAGCCCCCCCACAUCAAAAAGGAAGAGGAGGAACUUUCAAUCUUUCAGGAGGGAGAGUGUCUUCUAAGGCCGGAGGAAGCUAAACUCACCAAGUCGCCACUGACUGUUGUCUCUGUGAAGACUGAGGAUGAUGAAGAGAAACCACCUGAGACCUUUCGUUGGUUGUGUCCUGCAGACAACCAGCAGCUGAGUAGUCAUCAAGAAGAACUUCCCUCUCAGCUGCAGUGGGUUGAUUCUAACCUGAAGGAUCCACAGCCACCCCAAAUUAAAGAGGAAGAGGAGGAACUCUGGAUCACUCAGGAGGGAGAGUGUCUUCUAGGGACGCAGGAAGCUGAUCUCACCAAGUUGCCACUGACUGUUGUCACUGUGAAGACUGAAGAUGAUGAAGAGAAACCACUAAUUGGUCAUCCAGAAGAACUUCCACCUCAGCUGCAGAUUGAAGGCUCCACUUUGAAGCAAGAGCGUCCCUGGCCCCCCCACUUUAAAGAGAAAAAGAAGGAAUUCUGCAUAAUGCAGGAAGCUGGUCUCACCAAGUCGCCACUGACCGUCUCUGUGAAGACUGAGGAUGAUGAAGGGAAACCACCUGAGACCUUUCGUUGGUUGUGUCCUGGAGACAACCAGCAGCUGAGUAGUCAUCAAGAAGAACUUCCCUCUCAGCUGCAGUGGGUUGAUUCUAAUCUGAAGCAAGAAGAUCCACAGCCACCCCAAAUUAAAGAGGAAGAAGAGCAAUUCUGCAUCACUCAGGAGGGAGAGUGUCUUCUAGGGACGCAGGAAGCUGAUCUCGACAAGUUGUCACUGACUGUUGUCACUGUGAAGAUUGAAGAUGAUGAAGAGAAACCACAACCAGACAAAUUCUUAGCUCCACUAUCAGACAGUGAGUCUGAAGACGACGAUGAAGAACUUUUGAGCAGCGAUACAGACUGUGAAGGGGAUAUGAGGACUCACACUGACAACAAACAUUCUAAAUGCUCUAAGGUGAAACCCACAGGAGAAAAGCCAUUUAAUUGUUCAGUUUGUGCUAAAAACUUCACUCAAAAAAGCAGUUUGACUGAACACAUGAGAACACACACAGGAGAAAAACCAUUUAAUUGUUCAGCUUGCGCUAAAAACUUCACUCACAGGAGCAGUUUGGCUCAACACAUGAGAACACACACAGGAGAAAAAACAUUUAAUUGUUCAGUUUGCGCGAAAAACUUUACUCACCAGUCCAGUCUGAUUCAACACAUGAGAACACACACAGGAGAAAAACCAUUUAAUUGUUCAGCUUGUGCUAAAAACUUCACUCACAGGAGCAGUUUGAAUCAACACAUGAGACGACACACAGGAGAAAAACCAUUUAAUUGUUCAGCUUGUGAUAAAAACUUUACUCUGAAGAUCGGUCUGAUUGAACACAUGAGAACACACACAGGAGAAAAGCCAUUUAAUUGUUCAGUUUGUAGUAAAGGCUUUUUUCGAAAGAGCCAUUUGACUGAACACAUGACAACACACACAGGAGAAAAAUCAUUUAAUUGUUCAGUUUGUGCUAAAAACUUUACUCAAAAAAGCAGUUUGACUCAACACAUGAGAACACACACAGGAGAAAAACCAUUUAGUUGUCCAGCUUGUGCUAAAAACUUCACUCACAGGAGCAGUUUGACUCAACACAUGAGAACACACACAGGAGAACAACCAUUUAAUUGUUCAGCUUGUGCUAAAAACUUUACUCACAGGAGCAGUUGGGCUGGACACAUGAGAACACACACAGGAGAAAAAAAAUUUAAAUGUUCAGUUUGUUUUAAAAACUUUGCUCUCAAGAGCAGUUUGACUGAACACAUGAGAACACACACAGGAGAAAAACCAUUUAGUUGUUCACUUUGCGAUAAAAGCUUUAGUCAAAAGAGUAAUAUGGCUCAACACAUGAAAACACACACAGGAGAAAAAACGUUUAAUUGUUUAGUUUGUGGUAAAACCUUUUCUCGUAAGGGUAAUUUGACUACACACAUAACAACACACAAGCGGAAAGACAUUUAAUUGUUUUGUUUGUGAUAAAGGCUUUUUCAAGAGAAAGCCUUGACUGCACACAUUGGUGUUGAGUUUGGAGGGAAAACUAUUUUUUUAGUGCACCUUAUAGUCCAAAAAAUACGGUAUUUUAACCAAGUUCUUUAUAUCUAUAUAUCUAAAUAAAUAAAUAGACACACAAUAAACUUUCCUUGGAAGAAGAAACAUAAAAUACUGUACGGACUUCUUAAGAGACAUACAUCAUUUUAAUUUAAAUUGCUUGAGUAUUUUUAGUUUCUUCUGUUUUAAUUUGUAAAGGUUGUAGAGUAUUUAUUAAAGUGCGGUAAAUAGUCCAUCUCAUACUGACUGGUAUACACAAGCCAUGGAAAUGAUAUCAGUAGAACAAACUGUAUUUAGUUUAGAUAAUAAUGAGUCAUAUAUUGGAAUAUGAGAUCCAUUAUUUUUUAUUUGUUUUUAUUUAUCUUUGUGGAAAAUAUUGGACACAAUGUGUUGUCAAGCUUAUGAGAUGUGAUGCAAGUGUAAGCCACUGUGACACCAAUGUUCAUUUUUUAAAUGUUUUUAUUAAAUUGUUCAUAAAUAGCUGUGAUGAUCAUGUAAAUUAGGGGUUUCUUGAUAUUGUUGUUGAUAUUAUUCAUUUUUGUUUGACUACUUUUGGAUUGUUUUGUGUCAUGUGUGUGUGUCCUCUCAAUUGCUCUGUUGAUUGCUAUUCUGAAUGUUGCUGGGUCGGGUUUGGUUUUGGAAUUGGGAUUGUAUUAUUAUUGAAUUAUUGUGUAUAAUU